AUGGCUUUGAAUGCGCUGCCUGCGGAACUCACUCUUUACAUUGCUGGGUACCUGGAUCCAGAUACAACCUUGGACUUUGCGCUUACGUGCAAGCGGCAUACGACCCUGUGUAAAUCCCUCCUCCAAGAGCACAGGAGGUUGCUCUCGGAAUGGCAGACCAUCGACACUAAGAAAGCGCAGACGUUGACCUGGCAAGUUUUGCUAGAAAUUCUUGACGAUCCGUCCAGAGGAUGGUACGUCAGAGAAUUGAGCUUGCCGGGUACUCGUCAACAAGAUUGGAGUCGUCCUCAGCCCCACAACUGGACUCAUCUUCAGUCAGGUAUCAGGGUUGAUUUCCCGGCGCCAUGUGCUGAAGAGAAGAAAAUAAUGAAGAAGGCUGCGCGGAAAUUGGGAGACUUGUAUCCAGUCCUUCAAUCUGGACACGUUCUUGCGAGGGAUCCGUCCCCACCGCUCCUACAACGUCCCAAUGAUAUCGUGGGUACCAUCGAGGAUCGCAUCGACCAAAGCAACGAUGAUGGUGUCAUCGCGAUAUUGCUACAUUAUUUGCCAAACCUCAAGACGAUUAGGUUCACAGAACACGAUGAUAGUGACUGCUUCGAACUCAUGGUACAUCGGAUUGCUGGCGCAUACCAAGAACCGUGCAAGGCCGCGAGACUUCCUUUACGACACCUUACCACUGCUGCUAUUUCCUACGGGAGAUCUGAUGAAUGUACUACUCCUCUUUGGGCAUCCGCCUUUCUUAGCAUACCGUCUCUGAGGACUUUUGCGGUUUACGAAAUGGGCGGAGGUUACGCAAAGACAAGGAAUGGAUACCUUCGACCUGUGGCUCUGUCUAUUUCCAAUGUCACCGAACUUUACUUCAAAAACUGUCUGUUUGACUACGAAGCUUUGGACACGCUUCUUGCUGGCGUCAAGCAUCUCAAGAAGUUCACCCUUGACGGCAGAGACCUGGACACAUUGCAAUCAUACGACGAAAAUAAAAGAUUGAUACCGGCACUUGUAGCACGCGUAGGCCAAUCGUUGGAGGAGCUUGUCCUAGAUUUUCCAACAGCUGAAGAGGAGGAUGAGUCUUCUGAACAGACCCUGCCAGUUUCUUUCCGAGACUUCCGAAACCUGCGAAUGCUGAACUGUGGAUGGGCAAUGGUUCGACCGAUUCCCGAUGAUGAACCAGAGGAUGACGAACCGUUGGAGCAAGGUUUUCACAGAAAAGAAGACCACCAAGAUCUAGACACAGACUUUGAUGUCCGCACUCUUCUUCCACAGUCGCUAGAAAGACUUUAUCUGAAUGGGUAUUUCGGCAGCAAUGAUGGCGACUAUGAGUGGCGAGCAAUUGAGAGAGUCUUCGCCAAUACGAGUACGGCUACGCCGCGGCUGACUAUGGAGAAUACUUGCAUCCAGCACAUAUGGAACUCCGAGGCGAGAGCGCAGAUUGGAACUGCAGAACCUCCUCCUGGUGAACAUGAACAAAAAUUUGUCGCUACCUGCGCCAUGUUUGUUGUGACUACCUUCGAUGCUGAUCGCAUGUUACCAAAGCUCAUAUGGUCGAAUUGGCGUCGGGCUGAAGUUGUGCAAUGCGGGGUAUUCUCGUAUACCAGUUCAGCUCCUGCUCCUUCGGGAACCUCAUGCGAAGAACCUGGUGGCUUUGCAUUCCACGCAAGUCAUCUGUACUCCAUGUAA